GGAAAGUAGGGGGACCCCUCUUUAUAUACUGCCUCUCUCGCUGUCAUUAUUACGGCCGAGUAUGUCUCAUGGCUGGCUAUAGUUUAGAUGAGUAUUAUCUAUCGUUUUGCCCCCCAAAUAUGAGCAAUAAAGAAUGAAGUAAUAGAUUAAGUCCGAGAGUGCAUGCGACCUAUGACGCAACAUAGGUCUUCGGUUGGGCCCAGAACGCCUGCCCACGGGGAUAAUGCCGAAAGGCUACAACCGGCAGGGUGCUGCUCAUUGAUUACUACUAAUUUGUCUAAAAGAACCGCGGGGUAUGCUGACAGGGGUCUUGAGAUCCAAUUAGUCAAUCAAAACCGCCUGGUUGCGGGAGGGGGUGUCUGCAUAGCCACUCCAUAAAACGCAGAUCGUGCAUACUGCGGAGGUUAUGUCUUGA